CGUGGGUUAAGGUUCAGUUUACAGAAGGUGGAGGUCCAACAAUGGGCUAGCACCGCCACGGAGUUCAGGUGACUGAGCUCAAGGGGUUCGAAUCAAGUGCUUUUUGCCUUCACUUAUGAUCAUCAUCGGAAUUUUGUCCUCAGACUGCCUCAGAAUUUCAGGCAGGGAAUCCAGCCCACUAAUUUCUUGCAAUGGGCUUGAUGACUCAACCCCUCAAGACGCAGCGGAAGGAAGAAUCUCCUUUUGCAGAACUGCCAAAUCUCAUUCAUCCGAGCAGAGGCUCCUCAUUUGGGGCACGUCCUCGGACAGUUGUUUAUCUGUUUCCAAUACCGAAUUCCCAGUUGGGAGGAACCCUAUUCCCCCCCACUCCGCCCCACUCCGCUGCCGGGGCUUCACCUCCUGGCCCCGAGCCAGGCCAGCUCCCUCCCUGCUCACUGCCGCCCCGCGGAGCCCGCCCCUUCCUCGCUGCCGCUGCCCGGGAGCUUUCUGUCUUCGGGCCGCCUUCCCUUCCGAGGGUCCGCCCAGCCUCCGCCAGGACCUGCGGCCCUCCCUGGCUCUCAGGUGCCCGUGACGGUCGCGGAGCGCGCAGCCCGUCCUGCGCCAGGCCCCUGGACCCGCCCGUCGCGUGGAGGGGAAACAAAGCACCGAGUUCGAGUAACUACGAGCAAAUUCGACUCCGGAAGCAAUGCACUUAAAAAUGUUUUAAACUUG